AUGACUCGGGGAUCGGCUCCGCCUGGCCCUGAGGUGCUGAGGCCUGAAGGCCUGUGCGUGACGGACUCGCGAGGACGACGACUGCGGACCGAUGGACGCUCCGACGGACCCCGAGAGGUGAGGACAGCCGGGUGCGCCCCGAGUGCGCUUGGGCACGGCACCGCCUUCUCCGGGCCUCAGUUUCCUCACCUACUGAAAACCAUUCCAUUUUCAACAGAUGAUUGCCCUUUUUCAUUGAGUAGUUUGUUUUUUGUACGACCAGAUCAAACUGAACAGUAUACUGAUGAUAAAAGCCCGUCCUAUUGGUUUCUCCCACCUGCUCCACUGAUUUCUGAAAUUCCAGAUACUCAAGUAUUACAAGAAGAAUUAGAUGGAUUUAAAGCAUUAGAAAAUCUUAAAACUAAGAUGAACGAAGAGGACUUAUGGAAAAAUUGUUUUAGUAAGCAGAAGACGCCAUAUCCAGAUGUUAACCUCUUUACUACAAAGGAGGCUCUUUUUGCUUCUGAUCUUGGAGAAGGCAUUUUUGAAGCACAAAAUUCAACAAAUACUUCAGAGGCUUUUGGUAUUCAAGGGUCAACAGAAAAAGAUUUUGAUUACUUGAAGUCUGUUACAGAAAUUCCUGUACAAUUUAGAAGCAUUUUCAAAGAAUUUCCAUAUUUCAACUAUAUACAAUCCCAGGCUUUGGAUGAUCUUCUUUAUACAGAUAGAAAUUUUGUGGUUUGUGCUCCAACUGGUUCUGGGAAGACUGUAAUCUUUGAACUUGCUAUAACAAGAUUAUUAAUGGAAGUUCCACUACCAUGGUUGAAUAUUAAAAUUGUUUAUAUGGCACCAAUAAAAGCUUUGUGUAGUCAGCGCUUUGAUGACUGGGAAAAAAAAUUUGGACCCAUAGGAUUGACUUGUAAAGAACUUACUGGAGAUACGGCCAUGGAUGACCUGUUUGAGAUUCAACAUGCCCAUAUUAUUAUGACAACCCCAGAAAAAUGGGAUAGCAUGACUAGGAAAUGGAGAGACAACUCAUUGGUCCAGUUGGUACGACUCUUCCUCAUUGAUGAGGUACAUGUUGUGAAAGAUGAAAAUCGUGGUCCAACUCUUGAAGUUGUGGUCAGUCGAAUGAAAACAAUAUCUUCUUUAUCUCAAAUCUCAGAAAAUUCCAAGGCUGCUAUUUUGGUGAGAUUUGUGGCUGUCUCUGCAACAAUUCCAAAUGCAGAAGAUAUUGCUGAGUGGCUUUCAGAUGGCAAGAGGCCUGCUAAAUGCUUGAAAAUAGAUGAGAAUCAUAGGCCAGUGAAACUCCGCAAAAUUGUCCUUGGAUUUCCAUGGAGUAGUAACCAAACUGAAUUUAAGUUUGAUUUAUCUCUCAAUUACAAAAUUGCUGGUAUCAUACAGACUUACUCCAACCAGAAACCAACUCUUGUGUUUUGUGCCACAAGGAAAGGGGUGCAGCAAGCAGCUUCAGUUCUCUCAAAAAAUGCUAAAUUUGUCAUGACAAUGGAACAGAAACAAAGGUUACAAAAGUAUACACAUUCCAUAAGAGAUUUCAAACUGAGAGAUCUCUUAACAUGUGGUGUUGGUUACCAUCAUGCUGGUAUGGAGCUAUCAGACAGAAAAAUUGUUGAGGGAGCAUUUACAGUUGGAGACUUACCAGUCCUUUUUACGACCAGUACUUUAGCUAUGGGAGUGAAUUUGCCAGCCCAUCUAGUAAUUAUAAAAUCUACAAUGCACUAUGUUGGAGGAAUGUUUGAAGAGUACAGUGAAACAGAUAUUCUGCAAAUGAUUGGUAGGGCUGGUCGUCCUCAAUUUGACACUACGGCCACUGCAGUUAUCAUGACUAGGUUAAGUACAAGGGAGAAAUAUAUGCAGAUGUUAACUGGCACUGAUACCAUUGAGAGCAGUUUGCACAGGCACCUAAUUGAACAUUUAAAUGCAGAAAUAGUACUGUAUACCAUCACAGAUGUCAAUGUAGCUUUGGAAUGGAUACGUUCAACCUUGCUUUACAUCAGAGCCUUGAAAAAUCCAGCUUAUUAUGAUUUUUCCUCUGGAUUGGACAAAAAGGGAAUUGAAUCAAAAUUACAAGAAUUAUGUUUGAAGAAUUUGAAUGAUUUAUCUUCUGUCGACUUGAUAAAGAUGGAUGAAGGUGUUAAUUUCAAAUCAACUGAAGCUGGAAGAUUAAUGGCAUGGUAUUAUAUUACAUUUGAGACAGUGAAGAAAUUUUCUACAAUUAAGGGAACAGAAACUUUAUCGGAACUGGUCACGAUGAUAGCCAGCUGUAAAGAAUUUCUAGAUAUACAGUUAAGAGUAAAUGAAAAGAAAACACUGAACACUUUAAAUAAAGACCCAAACAAGAUAUCUAUCAGGUUUCCAAUGGAAGGAAGAAUAAAAACAAGAGAGAUGAAAGUUAACUGUCUCAUCCAGGCGCACCUGGGAUGCCUCCCGCUUCCGGACUUCUCUUUGACCCAAGACACGGCUAAGAUUUUCCGAAGUGGCGCGAGGAUCACAAAAUGGUUGUCGGAGUAUCUGGCCGCGCAAGGAAAGAAGUUCGCAGUCCUACUGAGUAGUUUGGUUUUAGCUAAAUGCUUUCGGGCUAAAGUUUGGGAGAAUUCCCAGCAUGUAUCCAAGCAGCUGGAAAAAAUAGGUGUUUCACUGUCAAAUGCAAUGGUGAAUGCAGGUCUGACUUCCUUUAAGAAAAUAGAAGAUAUCAAUGCUAGAGAACUUGAGUUGAUUUUAAAUAGACAUCCCCCUUUUGGAAACCAAAUCAAAGAAACAGUGAUACAUCUACCAAAAUAUGAACUUGAAGUUGAACAGAUUUCAAGGUAUAGUAACACAGUAGCUGAAAUCUUAGUGACAGUCUUCCUAAGAAACUUCGAACAGCUUCAGAUCAAAAGAACAGCACCAGAUUUUCACUAUGUGACGUUGUUAAUAGGAAAUGCAGAUAACCAAGUGGUUUUUAAACAUAAACUUAUGGAUUCUGUUUUGCUAAAAACUGGAAGUUGGAUUAAAAAAAUUGAUGUUAAAAGAGCUUUUCAAUCUGAAGAACUUAGCAUUAAUCUAAUUAGUUCUGAAUAUGUGGGACUUGAUAUUCAACAGAAAUUUACAGCCUUUUAUUUAGGACCCAACAAAACUGAAAAUCAAAUGAUUAUGCAAAAGAAUUUAGAAACAGAGACACAUUCAAGACAUUCAGAUAGCUCUGCAAGCAGAGAUGAUGGUGCAGGAAGCACCUGCAACAGAAAGAAUUUUUGCAAAAUAGCUGGAAACAGAGACUGCCACCAUCACUGUAAAAAUAAAGAUACAUGUGGACAUGAUUGCUGUAAAAUUGGAGUUGCACAAAAGUCAGAAAUGAGAGAGUCAAUAUUUUCCUCCUAUCUAACUGAUUUAAAACACAGGGAUGCCACUUCAUCUAUUCCCCCAGUUAAACGCCUCAAGAUGCAGAUAAAUAAAUCUCAAAAUGUGGAUCUUAAGAAAUUUAGUUUUACUCCCAAAGCUUUGCUUCCGGUUUUUCCAAGGUCAAAAUGUACACAAACUUCUGCCUCCUCUUCAGUGAAAAAAUGGGAUUCUCCUGAAGUCUGUGAAAAAUCCCAGCAACAACAGCAUUCAGCUCAUCAUAGAGAAAAGGAUUUUUCUGCAUGGAAAUAUUCUACAGCUUUAAGUGAAGAAAGCCCUCACAUAGUGCUCUCCAGCAGAAAUUUUAAUAGUUCCCUAAUGCACAAUUUGACAGAUGCAGAUCAAGACAGCUCUCAUUUUUCAGAUUCUUUGAAUGUGAACUUUGAAUUGGGAGAUGAAGUUUGGGAUGAUUUCAGUGAUGAAAAAUUACUAAAUGCAAGUAGCUUCUUAACCCACAUGGAGAACACAAGAACUUCAGGAAACACUUUGCUUCCAAGUGCCAUGGGAUAUAUGCCUCCACUCGGAAAGACAAUGAAUAAAUUUCAAAGGGAAACUUCAAAUAGUUUUUGCCUGUCACCUGAGAGGUCAGAUGUUCAUUUACAAGAUUCCAUCAUUUCAGAUUUUAGUGUGCCCUCCAAAGUGCAAUUGCCUCAACAACCUGGAAACACAAAUACUUUUCAUUUUCAAGAAAGACAACAUCAGGCUCUUUCACCAGAAAUAGAACGGGUGCUACCUACUAUUUGGAGAGAGAAAGAAUCAAGUACUUCUCAUUUCAAUAAGAAAUGGGAUUUUUUUGUUAGUAGCGAUGAUAGUAAAAAAGCAACUAAUCCCAGUGCAUAUCAUUCUGAUGACGAAGCGAAUGAAAUGAAGCCUUUUCUUGGGAUAUUUGAUGGGAUUUUCUAAAAGAAGCAAACAAGAUGCUGCAUGUGUUAUAUUAGUAUUAUAAAAGGUGAAAAUAGAUUGUGAUAACUUAAAAAUAAUUAGUUUAUAGUUCAGAUUUUUCUCAAAAAUUUAACAGUUUUAUUACCUUCAUUGUAAAGGAUUUAACUGUUUUAUCUUUCCAUUUUAAAAUUUAACCUUUUAAAGUUAAUUUUAUGAUGGUUUUAUUUCAGGAAGUUAAUAAUUAUAUAGUACUUAGAGAAGAAUUAUUUGGUGAUUAAUUUAUAUUUGAUAGAAUUUUGAUUGCAACCACUUUUUCAAUUUAUGCUCACAUUUAUGGAAGUGAGAGAAAAGGUGAUCGCUAAAUUCACAGGUAGUGGGUAGUUCAUAUGAUUUGCCUAUAAUUUAUAGAUUGUUUAACAGUGUAAUUCAUGUGUCUUUCCUCAAAAGAUUUGAAGUGGGACAUUUCUGAUUGAAUACCAUAAUGUAAUAUACUGAGUGAUAAGUAAAAAUAUUAAACAGU